AUGCCUCCCUACAACUCCACCGACCCAACCGCCACCUUCCUCAACGUCUCCUGCUUCGACUUCCUCCUCAUAGAACUAGUCCCCCUCGCAUACCGGAUUACCAAUGAACUCGAACCCGAGCCUGAACCCUCGUCUAAUGGUGACACCUCGAACAGUUCCCCCCCCGAGCGGAGGGUAGAUGAGGAGGAGAAGAGGGAAGCGGCGGCGUACAGGCUGGAUAUGUUAGGGUAUCGCGUGGGGCAGGGGAUUGUCGAGAGGUUCGCGCGAGAUCGGCCACGCUUCAACGACACCCUAGACGUCAUAAAGUUCAUAUGCAAAGAUCUCUGGUCCCUCGUCUUCAGGAAGCAGAUCGACAACCUAAAAACGAACCACAGUGGUGUCUUCGUUCUCACAGACAACUCCUUCAGACCAUUAUCACGCAUGAGCACCGAAGCUGGCGGCCAAGCCGUUGUCCGAGCCGCACCAUUCCUACUAAUUCAUUGCGGGAUAAUACGCGGCGCCCUCGCCGCAAUGGGGAUAAACGCCAGGGUCCAUACAGAAGACAUUGAAUUGCCCGCGGCUAUCUUCCGCAUCAUCACGCUGCCCCAAAAAUCGUAG